UUGAUCAUCACGAGCAGCACCGGUCAGUAAUUUCAUAAGUCGCGGUGGUAAGCCGGUUGUGGCACUGCUAGGGGCCAGAUUUGCUUCGUUAUCAGUUAGUUUGUCGCAACGAUUAGCUUGAUAACACGCGACAGGUAUAACAACGAUUAUUCUCGGAUGAUUCUGGCAUCACGCACGCGAGAAGAGGCUUCCGCAUUCGCCCGUGGACAAGGAUGUAUACCGUGUCAAAGGGACCUAGCAAGAUCGUAGCAAAAACACGACGAGGGAUCAGUCAGAAUCUCGAGAGACUGGAGACCCUACGUGAUUUGACGAGGAAGGCCGAUCCCGAGGACAACCACGAGAUCAUCCGUCAUGUACCAAAGCCGGUUUUUUAUACCAAUGGGAAAUCAAAGUUCACCUCACAGCGACAUCAGAUGCAAGAAGUCAUCACACCGCAGCACGAGGAACUUAUCAAAUUUAUUUAUGAAUCAUGGAAUCAGGUUAAUACGCGGCAAAGAAAUGAAUGUUGUGAUGGCACAGAAUGUACAGAACUUAGCAAUCCUAAUUCUAUAGUAUAUUACAAUGAUGGUGAACCAAAUGAUGGUCUUCAAGAUUUUAAACCGUUUGAUUUGGAAUCUUGGUGGGGCAAACGAUUGUUUAACAACAUCACAAAAUCGCUCUGAAACAUAGAAAAGGCUAAAAUUAUUUUUCACCGAGGAUGUACUUGGAAAUAAUGCAAUAGCAAUUGGUGCUAUGAAAAUUAGGCAGUGUCAUGUUUUAAACAUUAUUCAAGUUUGAUCAAGUUUGAGAGUUGACAACAUAGUGUUGAGUAUCUAGCUCAGACAUGAGUUUGAUACAUAUAUAUAUCAAGUUUUGUUAACUUACCAGCUAAAAAAUAUCGCUCGAAUCGUACGUAAUGCGCUUACUAUGAUUAUGCAGACUUGUUGAAAGCAAUAAAUCAGUAUAUUUAAUGCAAAUUUCGAAUGCACACACGUACGCGACAGCAAGAAAUAUGUUAGUAGUUCAAGUUAUUUACUGUUAUAACAAUUGUUUAGAUGCAUUUGUUAACAAUCUUUUUACAAAAUAUAGAAACUUUAUUGUUGCUCCAUUGUUAGGAUUGCUCAAUUUUAAUAGCGCAUAGAGUGUUUGGUACUCUGAUAUAGAGCUUUGACAAAUAGUAACAGUGUCGCGGAAAUUUAGUAGACAAUAAGUAGAAUAACACAAGACACAUAAAAGCAAAGCCCAUUAUUAGAAAGAGCUAUAGUAGUCCCCGAAUAUAAAUGCGUUGUUUGUGAUCAGUUGAUGAUUUGCAACAGUCACAAACUUGUUUAUCUUUGAGAAGAUAUAAUUUUUUCGAUUAUAAAUUAAGAUAAUACAUGAUUAUCUCGCAGAGCAAGCGCGAUAAAGCAUUAAAGAAGUUAUCAAUAAGAUUACAGAGCUCACCUGCCGGGCUCGAACACCGAAAGAUGAAAAAUUUUUUUCAUUCUUAAGCCUCAAGAAAGUUUAAUUUAUAUUCGGAGACUAUUAAAUUUUGAUUAGCUUUUAAAUAAAUGCACACUGAAUCCGAUGGUGUGAUCCAGUAUAUACCAAUGCGUAUACCAAAUAGGGCUAAGUACGAGCGAAGUCCCUGUGUGGUAUGAUGAAUCCUGCGUGAGAUUGUUGAAUUUUUAAUCCCUGAAUGUUGUAUAUAUCUAUUGCAUGCAAUGAUUGCGUGAAUGCAUGAUCUAAUGUUACGGAUACAUUGUUACACGGUAUGUUGUUGCAACGAUAGUGUCUGAGUAUACUUUUAUGUGAACAAGGACUUAGUAUAAAUUCGUAGACUGAUAAUACAUAAGAAAAUUAUCGUAUAUUGUUACUCGUCGAGUUGCAGCCCGCAACCGAUGAGCUGAUGCGAACUGUUAUUGAGUUUGCUUGUCGAAAAAUUAUAUCAUGGCAGGUUAUAAAUUGUUUCCUCUUCGCGUUGUUACGUAUUUGUCAAGAUACCAUGAAAAGAGAUCGGUCUCUCCAACAAACAACAAUUUAAACGCCACAAUAUGCGUCCGACAAAGUACGGUACGCAAGAGUAGUCGUAAUGUAGUGCAGUAAAAUUCGGUCAGGCGCGACUGAAUUAAUACGAUGAAUAAAUACCUCUUUCUACAUAA